UAGAGAACUUACAUGUGAAAACAACAAAAGCAAGCUAACAAGUAAAAAGAUACAAAGGAAAAAAAGACAACAGAAACACAGAAAGUAAUCCAAGAAUUUGGGGUCCACUCCAUAUACAUAUAGUUUUAAAAUAUAUAUUCUAGUUAGAACAAUCAUGGCCACAACAAUAAUUAUCUACAGUUCGGAAAAAUCCAACACCAACCGUAAUUCUCUGCAUAAAUUUAUCGUUACCUAAUAAUGAAUGGUGUGUAUUAUGGUGCAUCGCAGGCAUUUCAAGCCGCUUGGGCCGCUGCUUGUAAGGUGGAGGCAUCGACGAUGCUCGUUCCAGCAGAAUACAUAUUCCUCGUGGGACCUGUUUCCUUUUCUGGUCCAUACUGUCAAGCAAACAUUGUGUUUCAGCUGGAGGGCACGAUUGUCGCUCCAACAAAUUCGUAUGUUUGGGGUAAAGGUCUUUUAUGGUGGAUCGAAUUCACAAAGCUUAAAGGAAUCACAAUUCAGGGAGCAGGAACUAUUGAUGGGAGUGGCUCAGUAUGGUGGCAGGAUUUUCCAUCAGAAAAUCUUAUAGAUGAUGAAACAAAACUAAUUACCCCACUAAACAACACAUUACAGCAACACCCACCAAUGCCGGUAAGAAGUGAACUCAGCAAGAAAAUGCCAAGCAUCAAGCCCACGGCACUACGAUUUUAUGGAAGUUUCAAUGCAACAGUCACAGGCAUUACAAUUCGAAACAGUCCUCAAUGUCACCUCAAGUUUGACAACUGCAUGGGAGUCGUUGUACAUGAUAUAACCAUCUCAUCACCUGGUGAUAGUCCUAAUACAGAUGGAAUCCACCUACAGAACUCCAAAGAUGUGCUAAUUCACAGCAGUAAUCUAGCUUGCGGGGAUGACUGCAUUUCAAUACAAACUGGAUGCACAAAUGUAUACGUACAUAACGUGAAUUGUGGGCCAGGACAUGGCAUCAGCAUCGGAAGUCUGGGAAGGGAUAAUACAAAAGCCUGUGUUUCCAACAUCACAAUUCGAGAUGUUAAUAUCCACAAUACAAUGACGGGUGUCAGAAUUAAGACUUGGCAGGGUGGAUCAGGCUCUGUACAAGGAGUGUUGUUCUCAAAUAUUCAAGUCUCUGAGGUUCAACUUCCAAUUGUGAUUGACCAAUUUUAUUGUGACAAAAGCACAUGCAAAAAUCAAACAUCAGCUGUGGCUCUAUCUGGAAUCACCUAUGAAAAAAUUAGAGGGACAUACACAGUAAAACCAGUACACUUUGCCUGCAGUGAUGCUCUACCGUGUAUAGAUGUUAGCCUAACUACCAUUGAGCUGAAACCACUACAAGAACACUAUCACAUGUAUGAUCCCUUCUGUUGGCAAACUUUCGGAGAGUUGAACACUCCUACUACCCCUCCAAUUGACUGUUUACAAAUUGGUAAGCCAUCAAGCAACAGACCUCAGUCAGAUCAUGAUGUAUGCUGAGCUUCGCCAGAUUAUUAUGGUGUACUGACUUGUGAGGUCGGCGUGGUUUCUGACCCCUAUUACACCAUUAGCUUAGUAGGUAAAGGAAUUAUAUUUAAGCAGUCCUGAUUUAAAGUGAUUGUUGUUCAGCAUAAUUACAUAUUAGAUUUCGUUGUGUGACAGUAUACAGGUAGUAUUACGAGCUAGAGUUUGAUAGUAGUAUAAGGUAUUGUUUGCUAUAAUUGAUUGUUUAAAAGUGAAAAAAUAUAGUAAAAGCUUGAUUUC